UUUUAAAAAACUUAAAUUAAUUAUGAAUAUAUUGGAUGAUAUGCAUUCUGAUUUAUUAUUAAAUAAUAAUCUUACAGAUGGAAGCAUUUUUUCACCAGAAUUUGUACCUAUAGGUGUUUUAUCCACCAUGACACUAGCCUGUCCACCUAUAGUAACUGUGACUCUUCCUUAUAUUACUAGCAGAAUAAAUUUUCUGAAUAAAUACGAAGAUGAAAAUAAUUACGCAGAACAUGAAACAAAAUUAUUUAAAUGA